AAAAGAAAAUCCGGUUUUGAAGGCGGAACCGUGGUGCUAUUUGAAUCACCGCUUUUCCAUCUUAAAAACCCUUUCUUCCCAAAGGCCCAAACCCUUGGCGGCUGACCUGACCCUCCCCUUUUCUCUCUCCUAGGGUUUCUCUCUCUCCCCUCCAGUAUCCCGUAAUCUUCGUACUCGUUUCUAGGGUUUUCUUACCUCCUCCUUUUAUCCACUAUUUGCUCGUCUCCACCGAAGAUCUGAUCAUGGCAGCGGUUGCUCCACCUGCGGAUCAAGCUGCAGAUUUACUGCAGAAGUUGUCAAUAGAUUCUCAGACCAAAAAUAUUGAAGUUCCUGAGGCCACGAAAAAGCCUUUUACUAUUCAGUAUGGGUCUGUUGAAACUGCUGAAGCACCCAAUGGUCCUGUCCAGUCAUGUGAACGAUCUACAACUCCUCUACUUCAAGAUUUCAUGGAUCCAUCAAUGUGCUAUCUUCCUAAUGGCUAUGCAUCUACUGCCUAUUAUUAUGGAGGUUAUGAUGGGCACAUCAAUGAGUGGGACGAUUACCCUAGAUUCGUAAAUCCUGAUGGGGUAGAGAUGUCAACUGGAGUUUAUGGGGAUAAUGGCUCUCUUAUAUAUCACCAUGGUUAUGGAUAUGCACCUUAUGGUGCGUACCCUCCAGCAGGUUCUCCAGUUCCCACCAUGGGGCAUGAUGGUCAGCUGUAUGGUCCUCAACAUUAUCAGUAUCCUAGUCCUUAUUACCAGCCACCGACUCCUCCACCUGGUGGGCCAUACCCCUCUAGUCAGACAUCUUCUCAGGGGGAGCUUUCCACCUCUGUAGCUGCUGAUCAGGCACCUUUGACUGUAGAAACAACAAAGGAAAAGGCUAAUGGUGUUACAAAUGGAAAUUCCAAUGCUAAUAAUGGCUCUGCACCAUUGAAACCAACAAACCAGAACUCAACUUUGAAUUUGAACAAUACUUAUUGUAGAGGAGUUUUGUCUGGAGGAAUCCCAACAUCCGGCUACCAGGACCUAAGAUUUGGUUAUGAUGGGAUGCGGUCUCCAGUACCCUGGAUAGAUAGCCCGGUUUUUUCUGAUGGGCAGCCAAAACCCGCCACUAGUAGCUCCUUUUCUUCAACUGUCUCACAUGCAAAUAAUGUCCACUCUGGAAGGAAUCAGAAUAUUCGUCCACUUCCACAUCUCGUUGGCUUGCACCAUCCAAGACCUGCAUCCGGAAUGAACCCAACACCAGGUUUUAUGAAUAGGAUGUAUCCAAACAAUAGGGAUGAUGUUCACAAGAGCAUCAAGUAUAAUGUGUGGGCCAGCACACCUAAUGGGAACAAGAAGCUGGAUGCUGCAUACCAGGAGGCACAGGAGAAGCCUGAUUGCUGUCCUGUAUUCCUAUUUUUUUCUGUGAACACUAGUGGGCAAUUUGUUGGUGUCGCUGAGAUGGUUGGACCAGUUGAUUUUAACAAGAAUGUGGAGUACUGGCAACAAGACAAAUGGAAUGGUUGCUUCUCGGUGAAGUGGCAUAUUGUAAAGGAUGUGCCUAACAGUUUGUUGAAGCACAUCACCCUUGAAAAUAAUGAGAACAAGCCCGUCACUAAUAGUAGGGACACUCAAGAGGUAAAGAUGGAGCAGGGGCUUCAAAUGCUCAAAAUAUUCAAGGAGCAUUCCAGCAAGACAUGCAUUCUUGAUGACUUUGGGUUUUAUGAGACUCGGCAAAAGACAAUGCAAGAGAAAAGGGCCAAGCAACUGCAGUUGCAGAAGCAGGUAUGGAAUGGUAAGCCUGCUGAUAUUGCUGUUACUGAUGAUAAAGAAAAAGAUGGUGCAACUGGAAAACCAAGAUUGCAGAAAUCUUUAGAGGUUGCUUCCGUUUUGCUUAAGGAGUCUCCUACCGUUCACUCUAAUGGGGAGUGGAAAAGAUCAGAAGAAAAUGGAACAGUUACAGCAGUUAGAGAUGCGCCAAAGGGUGCCAAACCUGUAGGCACAGAAAAGAGGGUUGUGGCUAACGGGGUUGCAAAUGGUUGCUAGAUCUUCACUUAUCAAGAGUGGGUAUAUGGUUAUUGGAAUUGUUAAAGAGUUCGGUCAGAAGUAUUGCCGGAUUAUUAUAGAAAGUGGGCAAACGCUGGCCAACUCCAAGUGGACCUGGCUUACUAUUGAGGUAAUAAAAUGUUGACAGCCCUUUUAUUGUCGUUUAAAAAAUAUGGUGAGUCGGGAUAAACUUAUUUUCAUGAUCCUCAAUAUUUGAGUCAUCAUCCCCUUUAUGACC